AGUUUUAUGCUGUGGAGAUUUUUGCAUCGCAAUUUGCUACGAAAUAGUCUCUGAGUAUUAUCCUUUUGGCUUCCCGUAGUAUUUACAAAAAUACAGGACCAAUGACAAAUCAGUUGGGCGGGAUCUGUUAACGCGGGCUUUAACCUGCAUGGUUUUCUCGUUGAAGACAUAUGUACAAAUCAAUUUUAGUCAGUUAAUUGCCUUUAAAUUUGUUAACAAAUAUUUAAUUCGGUUAGUUGGACGCAACGUCCUUGGUUACCUAACUACAAGAUCUUUAUAAAUAUCCCAGAAAAUGGCAGGGGUUAUCCGGAGACUUGAUGAAACUGUAGUGAAUCGUAUUGCGGCUGGGGAAGUUAUACAGAGGCCUGCAAACGCGAUUAAAGAAAUGAUUGAGAACUGUUUGGACGCAAAGUCUACAAACAUUCAGGUGACCGUAAAGGAAGGAGGGCUGAAGAUGAUCCAGAUUCAGGAUAACGGCACGGGCAUUCGAAAAGAGGACAUGGAAAUAGUUUGCGAGCGUUUCACAACGAGCAAACUACAGACGUUCGAGGACCUGUCAACCAUAGCAACCUACGGUUUCAGAGGAGAGGCACUUGCCAGCAUAAGCCAUGUGGCACAUGUCACAAUAACAACCAAAACAGCAGAUGCAAAAUGUGCCUACAGAGCCAACUAUAGUGAUGGGAAGCCGAAAGCCCCACCAAAACCCUGCGCUGGCAACCAGGGCACUCAGAUCACCGUGGAAGAUCUCUUCUAUAAUAUUAACACCAGGAGGAAAGCUCUGAAGAACCCUAGUGAGGAGUACUCCAGGAUUGUGGAGGUGAUGAGCAGGUAUGCCAUUCACAAUUCUGGGAAGAGUUUCACAGUCAAGAAGCAAGGGGAGAUGGUGGCUGAUGUCAAGACUCUACUCAAUGCCACCAUAUUGGACAACAUUCGGGUGGUGUUUGGCGUGAAUGUGAGCAGGGAGCUGAUAGAGGUUGGUUGUGAGGAUCAGAAGCUGGCUUUUAAAUUCAAUGGUUAUAUCUCCAACGCCAACUACUCAGUGAAGAAGUGCAUCCUCAUCCUCUUCAUCAACCAUCGCUUGGUGGAGUCCAGUGCCCUGAAGAAGGCCAUAGAGGUGGUGUAUGCUGCUUACCUUCCUAAGAACACCCACCCUUUUCUUUAUCUCAGCUUAGAGAUCGCCCCCCACAACAUUGAUGUGAACGUCCACCCCACCAAACACGAGGUGCACUUCCUGCAUGAGGACUGCAUCAUAGAGAGCGUUCAGAAGCACGUCGAGAGCAAACUACUGGGCUCCAAUUCCUCUCGCACCUACUUUACACAGACGCUGCUUCCUGGUCUGCCCGUCUCCACCAGCGACCUCAAGCCCUCCGGCUCCGCCUCCGAUGCAAGCGAUCGCGUCUAUGCCCACCAGAUGGUCCGCACCGACUCCAAGGCCCAGAAGUUGGACGCCUUCCUGCAGCCUGUUGGAAAGCUUCCUCCUGUCAAGUCAUCUUCCUCCUCCUCUUUGUCAUUGUUUUCGUCAGUUCCUGGUACAAGCAGCGCCCCCCCAGCAGCCUCUGCAGAGCUACAGGAUGAGGAGAUGCUGGAGGCUCUGGAAGAGGUGGACCCCACAGAUGCAGAGACCAUGGAGACCAGCACCGCUGAGGCUGAGGCUGCACCCAGGAAAAGGCCACGAGUGAACCAAGAAGAGGAGGAGCUUACAGCAGCCGCCACCCCCAAGAGGCGUGCCAUCAAGCUGUCAAGUGUGAGGGAGCUCAGAGAGGAGAUCACAGAGAAGAAUCACAAAGGUCUUCAGGAGAUGCUGCAGAACUUGACGUUUGUGGGCUGUGUGAGCCCCCGCUGGACUCUGGUCCAGCACCACACCAAACUCUACCUGCUCAACACCACCAAACUGAGCCAGGAGCUUUUCUAUCAGAUUUUGGUCUAUGAUUUUGGCAACUUCGGAGUUUUGAGGUUAUCGAGCCCUGCUCCGCUGUACGAGUUGGCCAUGCUGGCGCUGAACUCCGAGGAGAGCGGCUGGACGGAGGAGGACGGGCCUAAAGAGGGGCUGGCCGAGUUCAUCGUGGACUUCCUGCGGAAGAAGUCUGAGAUGCUGGAGGACUACUUCUCCCUGGAGAUAGAUGAGGAGGGAAACCUCACAGGACUGCCCCUGCUGAUGGAUAACUAUGUCCCCGCCAUGGAGGGGCUGCCCAUGUUUAUCCUGCGCUUAGCAACCGAGGUGAACUGGGACAAUGAGAGGGAUUGUUUCCAUGACUUCGGCCGAGAGUGCAGUCAGUUCUACUCCAUCAGGAAGGAGUACACACUGGACACUGAGACGCAACCACAGAUACAGGAGGAAGAGACGGGAGCAGCUGAGGACCCGGAGGCGGAAGCCACACCCUCUUGGCGCUGGCAAGUGGAGCACCUGCUUUUCAAAGGCUUCAGGACCCUCUUCAGCCCCCCCAAGCGUUUCAGUGAAGAUGGCAGCGUGCUGCAGAUUGCCAAUCUGCCCGACCUCUACAAGGUGUUUGAGAGGUGCUGAGCCAGGGGCAGAUUGUGGGGUAAUGGAUCUAUAUUAGAUGGCAACUACCACACCUAGAUGGCUACAAGAGACACUAGUAAGCCCACUCAAAAUACGGAAAAGACUCAUUUUGAAUCCUGGACAUCUCUGUGGAGUUAGAUGUUUUGUUUGAAUGAUGCUAUUAGUGUUGUUUAAAAAAAAAGAUGUAUAUAUUUCCUAUUUUCUGAAUAAAACUGAAAUCAUUUGUUGA